AUGACUCAAGAUUUGAAACUAAAGAAAAAAAUUAUGAAUAAAAAUUUUGAUCAAACAGUUAUAUUUGGAAAUUCAGAAACAGUUAUUUUUAAUAGUAUAAAUGAUCAACAUUUUUCUAUUAACAACCAACAAUUCGUCAAUCUUCAACUAUUAUCAUCAACAUCAACCACAUGCUCUGAAUCUAUAGAAAUAUCUAAAGUAAUUGAUGAAAUUGAACAAAUUCAAAAUACAUUCAAUAAUCAUUAUGAAGAGAAUGAACAACAAGAACAAAUGGAUCAUCAUAUAGAUUCUAUUGAACAAAAAGUAAAAUUAACAAAGAAAAAUUUAAUUUGUCGAGUUUGUGGUGCAAAAGCAUUUGGUUACAAUUUUGAUCAAGUUACUUGCGAAUCGUGCAAAGCAUUUUUUAGAAGAAAUGCAUUAAGGAACAUGUCUGGCUUAAGAUGUCGUUUUACCGGACAUUGUGAAGUAGUAAUGGUUAAUCGUCGACAUUGUACUUACUGUCGUCUUCAAAAAUGUUUUAAUGUUGGAAUGCGAAAAGAAUGGAUCCGAAGUGAAGAAGAAAAACAAUUGAAAAAAUAUCAAAUUGAAAAUAAUCGACAGUUGAAACAAAAGAAAAAUGAAUUUAACAAAAAUAAAAAUAAUAUUAAACAGACUAUUCAUACACUUAGUUUACUGUCAAAUGAUAAGUCAAGUUUAACACAAGAUGACUGGUGUCAUUUAAAUAAUAUUUUUAUAUUAUACGAUCAAAAAGCAAAACCUGUUGUGUUAAAUCGUCAUUCAUUGAACACAACAACUGUUAAUGACUUUGUGAAUAAAAAAAGUGUUUGGGUAAUGCAAUUAUUAUCUUAUUUUAAACAAAUACCAGAAUUUCAAAAAAUAAGUGUCGAUGAUCAAGUUCUUUUGAGCAAAUAUAAUUUUCGUGUACUAAUACCUAUAAAUUUAGCUCUAAUUCGAUAUAAAUUAGCGUCAACCACAUCACCUUCCGAUCAUAUCGAUUUUAUGAUAUCGGUACAUGGAGAAGAAUUAUAUCAAAAUAUGAGAAAAAAUGUACUUAGUAUAAGUUUAUUUCAACAUGAUCCAAUGAUUAUUAAAUUAAUGUUAAUUAUUAUGUUAUUUAGUGGAUGUUUGUUGACAACUACAAGUCAAAUGGAAAUAAAUUCUUUUCAAAACAUAUAUCAAAUAUAUACGGCACAAAACUUUUAUGCAAAACUCUUGUGGUGUUACAGGGAAUAUGUAUUUGGAGAAUCUGGCGCUAUAGUGGCGUUUAGUAUGUUCGUAAGUCGAUGUUUACGGAUUCAACUAGUAUCAAAUGAAAUUCAUUCUUGUCUUAAACGACAGCUAAAUCUCAAUGAUAUAUUGCCAUUAAUGCAAUCAGUGCUACAGUUAAAUUAA